AUGGGGCGAGACGGGGGUGAGAAAGAGUUGGAAUACGCGAUUUGGCCCGGUUGGGCCCAGCUGCUUCGAAGUGCUAAACGGCUGUGUCCCCCGUGUCGGGCUGCGUCGUGGGCACGCCCGUGUGUCCACCUCUGCCGCAGCCUCCCCGGCACCUCGCGCCCUCUUUGUCUCCUGGCGGAGGUGCGCGUGCAAACCUGCGCCCCUCGCACCCUCGCUCCCCUGCUCUCGGGGCGGACGAGCCGGAGCUCGGUGCUGUCUGGUCUGGAGCCGAGUGGGGCUUGCAUUGAUCCAUUGAUUGUGCGCGGUCUGCGCCUGACCUCCCUGCUCCCGGGGAAGCCGUCUCCAUGGAGACCGGGCCCGCUCCCCCAGCGCCGGAUUAAGAGGGGAUUUUGCUCUUGGGAAACCCACCUGCAAGAUACUGCUCCAGGGCUACCCCGAGGGUCUCACGUGUCUCCCUCUGCCCCUGCAGACGUGGAUGAGUGUGUGGAGGGGACUGACAACUGCCACAUCGAUGCUAUCUGCCAGAACACGCCUCGGUCAUACAAGUGCAUCUGCAAGUCCGGCUACACAGGGGACGGCAAACACUGCAAAGAUGUGGAUGAGUGUGAGCGAGACGACAGUGCAGGCUGUGUGCACGACUGUGUCAACAUCCCGGGUAACUACCGAUGCACCUGCUACGACGGCUUCCACCUGGCACACGAUGGACACAACUGUCUGGAUGUGGAUGAGUGCGCCGAGGGCAACGGCGGCUGUCAGCAGAGCUGUGUCAACAUGAUGGGCAGCUACGAGUGCCACUGCCGAGAAGGCUUCUUCCUCAGCGACAACCAGCACACCUGCAUCCAGCGGCCGGAAGAAGGAAUGAACUGCAUGAACAAGAACCAUGGCUGUGCCCACAUUUGCCGCGAGACCCCCAAAGGGGGUAUUGCCUGUGAAUGCCGCCCUGGCUUCGAGCUCACCAAGAACCAGCGGGACUGUAAAUUGACGUGCAACUAUGGAAACGGUGGCUGCCAGCACACGUGUGACGACACAGACCAGGGCCCCCGCUGCGGCUGCCAUGUCAAGUUUGUGCUCCACGCCGACGGCAAGACGUGCAUCGGGGAAAGGCGGCUAGAGCAGCACAACCCCACUCAGGCCGUUUCUAAUGAGACCUGUGCUGUCAACAACGGGGGCUGUGACAGUAAGUGCCACGAUGCAGCAGCGGGGGUCCACUGCAGCUGCCCUGUGGGCUUCAUGCUGCAGCCAGACAGGAAGACCUGCAAAGACAUAGACGAGUGCCGCCUGAACAAUGGGGGCUGUGACCACAUUUGCCGAAACACAGUGGGCAGCUUCGAAUGCAGCUGCAAGAAAGGCUAUAAGCUGCUCAUCAAUGAGAGGAACUGCCAGGAUAUCGACGAGUGUUCCUUUGACCGGACCUGUGACCACGUCUGUGUCAACACCCCAGGAAGCUUCCAGUGCCUCUGCCACCGUGGCUACCUGCUGUAUGGCGUCACCCACUGUGGGGAUGUUGAUGAGUGCAGCGUCAACCGAGGAGGCUGCCGCUUUGGCUGCAUCAACACUCCGGGCAGCUACCAAUGUACCUGCCCCACGGGCCAGGGCCGGCUGCACUGGAACGGCAAGGACUGCACAGAGCCAGUGAAGUGUCAAGGCAACCCUGGUGCCUCCAAAGCCAUGCUCAGCUGCAACAGGUCUGGCAAGAAGGACACCUGUUCCCUGACCUGCUCCUCCCGGGCCCGGUUUUUGCCAGAGUCAGAGAAUGGCUUCACGGUGAGCUGUGGCACCCCCAGCCCACGGGCUGCCACCGCCCGAGCUGGCCAUCCUGGGAACAGCACCAGCUCCAGCCAGUGCCAUGAGGCUGCAGUGCUGUCGGUUAAACAGCGAGCCUCCUUCAAGGUCAAGGACGCCAAGUGCCGUUUGCACCUGCGGAACAAAGGCAAACUGGAGGAGGCCAGCAGAACCCCAGGGCCAGGUGCUGCUCCCUGCGCUGACUGCCAGGUCACCUUCAUCCACCUCAAGUGUGACUCCUCCAGGAAGGGCAAGGGCCGCCGGGCCCGGACCCCUCCAGGCAAGGAGGUCACCCGGCUCUCCCUGGAACUGGAAGCAGAGGUCAGGGCUGCAGAAACCACAGCGGGUUGCGGGCUGCCCUGCCUGCGACAGCGGAUGGAGCGGCGACUCAAAGGAUCUCUGAAGAUGGUCAGAAAGUCCAUCAACCAGGACCGCUUCCUGCUGCGCCUGGCUGGCCUCGACUAUGAGCUGGCCCAUAAGCCAGGCCUGGGAGCCGGGGAGCGAGCGGAGCUGGUGGAGGUCUGCAGGCCCGGGCAGCACCGUGCUGGGGCCAAGUGUGUCAGCUGCCCGCAGGGAACGUAUUACCACGGCCAGACGGAGCAGUGUGUGCCAUGCCCAGCGGGCACCUUCCAGGAGAGAGAAGGGCAGCUCUCCUGCGACCUUUGCCCUGGGAGUGAUGCCCACGGGCCUCUUGGAGCCACCAACAUCACCACAUGUGCAGGUCAGUGCCCGCCUGGUCAACACUCUGUAGAUGGGUUUAAGCCCUGCCAGCCAUGCCCACAUGGCACCUACCAACCCGAAGCGGGACGGACCCUGUGCUUCCCGUGUGGUGGGGGCCUCACAACUAAGCAGGAGGGGGCCAUCUCCUUCCAAGACUGUGACACCAAAGUCCAGUGCUCCCCGGGGCACUACUACAACACCAGCAUCCACCGCUGUAUCCGCUGUGCCAUGGGCUCCUAUCAGCCUGACUUCCGUCAGAACUUCUGCACCCGCUGUCCAGGAAACACCAGCACUGACUUUGAUGGCUCCACCAGCGUGGCCCAGUGCAAGAAUCGUCAGUGUGGUGGGGAACUAGGUGAGUUCACUGGCUAUAUCGAGUCCCCCAACUACCCGGGCAACUACCCCGCCGGCGUGGAAUGCAUCUGGAACAUCAACCCCCCACCCAAGCGCAAGAUCCUUAUCGUGGUGCCCGAGAUCUUCCUGCCGUCUGAGGACGAGUGUGGGGACGUGCUCGUCAUGAGAAAGAACUCCUCCCCAUCUUCCAUUACCACUUACGAGACCUGUCAGACCUACGAGCGCCCAAUCGCUUUCACGGCGCGGUCCCGGAAGCUCUGGAUCAACUUCAAGACAAGCGAGGCCAACAGCGCCCGAGGCUUCCAGAUUCCCUAUGUUACCUACGAUGAGGACUAUGAGCAGCUGGUGGAGGACAUCGUGCGGGAUGGCCGGCUCUAUGCCUCCGAAAACCACCAGGAGAUCUUAAAGGACAAGAAGCUCAUCAAGGCCUUCUUUGAAGUGCUGGCCCACCCCCAGAACUACUUCAAGUACACAGAGAAGCACAAGGAAAUGCUACCAAAGUCCUUCAUCAAGCUGCUCCGCUCCAAAGUGUCCAGCUUCCUGAGGCCCUACAAAUAGUACCCCCACCUCAGAGACCCAGCUUCCGGAGCCCUCAGACUCCUUAGUCCUCAGAGCUGGCAGCCCCUACCCUCAGGCAAGGAACAAGUCCUCUCUUUCUUCUUGGAGGAAAAAAAUCACUACACAGACCAGGCACUCUCCCUUUCUGUCUUUCUAGUUUCCUUGUCUCUCUCUUUUUUCUGUCUCUUUCUACUGAUUUCCUACAUGCUGCCCAGAAAAGCCAUUCUGUGCUGGCUUCCCGCCCUAAGGGUGAAGGACAGUGCUGCCCCUCCCCUGCCCACCUCACCAGCUCACACCCCUGCCCCAUCCGUUUGAAAGGGUACUCAAGGCCCACGUAGGAAGUGAGUCCACUAGGGAACGGGGAAGGAGAGGAGGGGCUUCUGACUUUCUAGGGUUGUGCCUUGCUAGCAAGGAGCCAAAGGGUCCCCUGGCUGUGCUCCCCAGGGUGACUCUUUAUCAGUCCAGGGUUCUGCCAAAGACGCCUUUGGUUUCCUGGCUUGAUGCCAGCACGGGUCUGCUGGGGCACAUGGUUUGAGCCCUGGGCUGCCCGUGCAGCUGGCUUUCUUACCUAUAAAGCUCCUCUCUUCCCCCCACUACACGUCUGCCGGGGGUAGACUCCAUAAGGGUUUACAGAUGGCCCCCACCACCGGCCUAGUGGACUCCGCUGAAUGAGGAAAAGCAGCGAGCAUUGCGGGUGCAUCGCUGUGGCUCCCUGAAAGACUGUAGCUCUGCAGGACAGAAAACAGGUUUUAAAGCAUUGCCAAAAGGAAAGAAAAGAAAAAAAAAAGGAAAGGAAAUGUAUCAUCUAAGGAACUAAAGGAAAGAACAAUUGGAAGCCGGCCUCAAACAGGAAUCCCUUUUCUUACUUGUCCCCCUGGCCCAGCCACACCUUCACCCCCCCAGUGCUCCCCGGGGGAGCCCUACUCCCCUUACUAAGUGUUGCCCUUGGAAACCUGGCUGUUGACCACAGCCAGCCUGGGCCUCGGCCCACGGUCACUUGUCCCUUGUUGCCCUAGGUGGCUUGUGGGCACCAACGAAGAGGACCCUGCUCUACAGCCAGCCUGGAAGGCCACCUACCGCUGGCCUCCAGCUGUGGACAGCAAGAGGAAUGUGUGCACUUGGCCAGCCUCCUGCCCACCCGUCCACAUCUAAUAAGUGCAAUCAUUUUGAGUCUUUCUAUGUUGUCUAGAGGGAGGGGUUUUUGUUUUUUGUUUCCUUUUUCUCUAUUAGAACAACCCUAUUUAUAGCUGUCCAAGAGAGAAGAGUGUAUGUACAGAGUGGAAGAGUAUCAGUUCUGAAUCUCAUGAACCUUGAGUGCUGGAGCAUCUGAUCUGUUUCAUCUGUGGCCACUCAGACCUCUAGGGCCCUUGGCUGGGCCAACCCAGGGCUACAGCUCAGAGGCAUCUGACGUGUAGGACAGGGAUUCUGGGGACUUGAUGGAGCAGGAUGGAGAGGGAUGUGUUCACGAAUCCAAUCCUGCUGUUGCUGUGCCUCUCCGUGGAUUCAGCAUGAACCUUGUGACUACAGAGGAUGAUGAACCUGAUCAGUGAUUCUCCACUCCAAGAAGGGAAAACCUCCACCUUUUCCCUGUCUUCAUCAUGUUUUCCCCAGUGUGCACAUGGAAGAAGACUGGCACAGAUCCCCGGUGAUGGGCUGACUCAGGCUUCUGAGGCCACAGACAUGGCUGAAGGAGCAAGAGUAGGACAGUCGCCCAGGCAUGAAGCUGGUAACGGGAACAGAUGUUUGCCUGACCUUGGCCAUUUUCCUCUUAGAGUUGGCUUCAAACCUGCCUCAACUACUGUUUUUCAAAAGGAAGAAGAAUCAAGUCCAAACCUAAACCCUGCACACACUCUACCCUAGUCAAACUGCUGCCUGUAAAAUCCUUUUCCAUUUGCUCUUUCUAGUUCCCGAGAGCUGUAGUCCUGCUCAAAGGCUAUCAGCUGACUCCUCAGGUCCAGUUUCAGGUGACUCUCCCAGACAACUGUUCCCCCAAGAGAUUCAACACUAAAUAAAGGGACUUGGAACCACCUCUGGCCUUAGGCUGUGGGCAGCAGCCUUGGUCAAUAACAUUCACCAGCCAAAACAAGCCUUAGCAGUAGGUAGUAGGUGGCACAGCUAGAUCCUCUGACAUCUGGGCAUAGAGGGUCUGCCAUCUUCAUCUCUCUUGGUCAAAGAGGGCCACCAUAAAGUUGUUAAAUGGCUGUGUCCAAGCAAGGGAAAUGCUUGAAUCAACUUUGAUCAUCCUAUUUCCAUACCUGAAACUAGGUUCCUCUCUUCCAUUCUGCAUCUGUUUGGGGAAGCCAAACAAUAGAGGUGCUUCUCAAAUGAUGCCUUUCAGGGUCUGGCUUCUCCUUGCUCCCAUCCUUUCCUGUCACACCACACAUAUGCAUAGAUACGCUUCCUCCAGGCACUUAUUUCAUGGUUUGUGGGGCCUGAAAAUGAAUUCCACCAUAUGGAGCCUAUAGACUACUGGGUUUCUUAACUGACACCAAGUCAGGUCUUGGUGAGCAGGUGAAGAGCUGCUAUUGUCCACCACAUUUAAGUCAUCAAAGUUAGGGAUUAGGAUCUAGGCAAGCUGCUGCAGACCCUAAAGAGGAAACACCUGGGGCAUCACACUAGUGGUUAAGGGGACUGAAUAGAGUCGGUACUCAGGGACUCUGUAGGGAUUUACAGGUCAGACAAGAGUCUUUACCAGUGAAGGGAAAAGGGAAGGUAUAUCUAGGAACCCUUCACAAACUGACCCAGAAGCCUCCCUGCAGAGUAAGGUGUUUGUGGGGCCACAGAACUGAGGCCUCAUUCAUUUUAGUACCAAACUUUCUCUGAUCUGAGUCUGAGAAUGGGAAACUAUUUCCUCAAGGGCCCAAGCGCCAAAUGAUGCCUAUCAUAUCCUUAUAUCCUUCGUGACAUUGCAACUUUUAUCUUUCGGUGUCAUCAGAACAGGCCCAUUCCUAAAUCUGAGAGAAUUCUCAGAAUCAGGAGAAAAAUGACCAGAGCCUGGACUUGAGCAGCCCAGCGCCUGCCUAGAAAUCCCCAAAGGCUCAUCACUGAGCUGUCUGCUCUGACUUGGCCAGUAUGAAGCCAAGGAGACUCAGAUUUGGGCCAAAAGGUCAGUAAUCCAGUCCUGUCUUUGGCUCCAAUGAAACUUUUUUAUGUCCCAGAAGUGUUCUCCAUACGCGUGUUUGAAGUAAUUCUGGAAUGGAUUAGGAGGUCACAUCUCAAUGUCAGAGAAUGUUACAGAACCUUCAGAUGUUUAUAUUUGCUGCUUUACCUCAAUAUGAGAGCCUCAAAGGAGGUGGAUAGAAAUAGUAUAACUGGCCAUAAGCAGAAAAUGAUACCUGCCUAGUCUUUUUCUUAUGGAAACAAAUGCCAAGGGUUCCUUUCAAUUUGAUCUAUUUUAAAGGUAGCACAGCUUGUCCUUGGGCCAUUAUUUGGACUAGGAAAUAUUCCUUAAGAAAAUACAUGAUUAGAGGGAAAUAGAGUCCCCAGUACUGUUAUCAGCUUAUCUGGACAACACAGACUACAGCAGUUUGGACAAACUAAAAACUUUAUUCUGUGUAAAAUGAACUGAAGUUUUUCAGAGAAUAAUAUCACCAUGUGGGAGGCUUUUUUUUUUAAUGCAGAAGAAAUCUCAAAAAAUUAUAUUUAUAUCUGGCUUCCACUGCUGCCAAUAGAUUAAGCAUCUCCUACACAACCAACAUAAACAGCAAAUGAUGCAGUUCAUAGAGUAUUUUGCACUUGGGGAAAAUAUGUAUCUGAACUUGUAAAAAGAAAUGUUUGGAUUUUGUAUUGUCUUUUUUAUUAUUAUUAUUAUUAAAAUACUAAAUGAAACUUUUCAGCCUGGCAUCUUUUUCUCUAUCUCAGUAGCUUAACCUAC